GUACUUGAAUCCAAGAUGAACUCCCCAUCCCUUUUGUGUUUUUUGCUCUUUUUUUCAGGCUGCCGAGUAUAUGAUUUUGGAGAUCUGAAUUUUACUCAGGUGCCUAACGAUGAGCUGUACAACAACCUGGUAAAAUACCCACGGUCUGUGGGAUUAGCCAGCCAAGUGCUGGCUGAUGCUGUAAGUGGAGCAGUGGCUGCUGGGCACAGCUGUGUAACCAUAGGAGGUGACCACAGCUUGGCGCUUGGUGCCAUUAGUGGCCAUACACGACAGUGCCCACACCUCUGUGUGAUCUGGGUGGACGCACAUGCUGAUGUUAAUACCCCGCUCACAACCCAGUCUGGAAACCUCCAUGGACAACCCGUCUCAUUUCUCUUACGAGAGCUCCAGGAUAAAAUGCCACAGCUUCCUGGGUUUUCCUGGCUAAAGCCCUGCCUCUCAGCACCUGAUAUUGUAUACAUAGGUCUGAGGGAUGUGGAUCCGGCUGAAUACUAUAUUUUGAAGAACUAUGACAUCCAGUAUUUCUCAAUGAGGGAUAUUGAUCGCCUUGGAAUCCAAAAAGUUAUGGAAAAAACCUUUGAACACCUGAUGGGCAGGAGACAAAGACCAAUUCACCUCAGCUUUGACAUUGAUGCUUUUGAUCCUUCGCUGGCUCCAGCAACAGGAACCCCUGUUUUAGGUGGAUUAACAUAUCGGGAAGGCAUGUAUAUUGCAGAGGAAAUACACAAUACAGGAAUGCUUUCAGCAAUUGACCUGGUAGAAGUAAACCCACUGCUUGGAGCCUCUCAGGAGGAAGUGAAGGCUACAGCCAGUCUUGCAGUAGAUGUGAUUGCAACAUGCUUUGGGCAAACAAGGGAAGGGGCACAUACUGUUUUUGAUGAACUCCCAACACCUAGUUCACCAGAUGAAUCAGAAAGUGAAGAGCAAGUGAGGAUUUAAGACUUCAAGUGUUGGACAUUCCCAAGCUCUACCAAGGCACUUGUGCAGCUUGAGUAAGACUGACUGUAUCAGAUACUUGGAGAGUGGAAUACUUUUAGGUUU